AUGACCGAAGUUUUUGGUGUCGUCGGCAGUGCUGUCGGUGUUGCAGGAUUCGCUUUUCAGAUUGCCGAUGGUAUCAAGAAACUCGCCGAUUUCUGCCAAGCAGUCAGAGAUGCGCCCGCCGAUCUGCAGGAUGCCCUCUCGGAAUUGGUCGAUCUUGCCGAACUCUACAAAGAGGUUGGUCAACAAAUAGAAGAUCAGCAAAUGUCACAUCCUACAGCACUUCCAAGCAGAAUAGUCCUCGAGCGACUUUUGGAACGGUCCAGACGAAACCACAAAGACCUCCAGGCCUUACUCGUCGAUAUGGAAGCCGAGGUCAAAAAAAGACAGUUCAGAGGUUCCAUCAGAGCGGUGCUCAAGAAAGAGACGUUCACUAGAUUUCAGAAGCGUGUGGAGAGGACGAAGAAUACGCUGCAGCUUUCAUACACGGCGUAUUGCAGCGCUCUAAGCCGACAAGAGGCACAGGCUGUGACCCACCACAUCUCUGCGAUAGCGAACCAGGUCUCCAUCAUGGGGCCUCAGCUUGGUGUGCUCGUCACCAAUUCAACCGCUAAGCUUCCGCAGCCGGGACAUGUUACAAAACCUCGAAUUGAUUCCAAUAAUAUUGUCUACUACAGGUUGCGACUACCGACUUGGCUGCACAGUCAAGUUUACGAAAUGGCAUAUUCGUAUUCGACCAAUGUCUGGACGACUCAAUUCCGGGUGUACAACACCGUAUCGUUUUUCAGUCCCUUCAUGUGGGCGUGCUUUAGAGGAGACUACAAUACAGUCAAGAGUAUACUCGACGUUGAACCUGCCCAUGUGUACGACCAAGAGGAACAUGGACAGACAGCUCUUCAUUCAUUGGAUGUGUUCAAUUGA